AUGUGAAAAUGUAUGAAACAAAAUGGCGAAGACUGUCAAAUAUUUUGUAUACUGACAGAAUAGUUCAAUAGUUUAUAUUAUAAUUUAUCAACAAUUUUUUAUUUAAUCUACAAUAUUAUCAAGCAAUAAAUGAUUUUUAUGCAAUUAAUCAUUAGAUAAAAAAUACUAUAUAUUUUCGUGAAUCUAGAAGGAAAAUCAGAAUGUCUAUUAACAUGUGAUAAAUGUUUUGAUAUCAUAAUUCAUCAUGGAUAAGCGAGGAAGUGCAGAACUUUUGACAGUUGACCAUAACUCUAAAAAUGCUAGCACAGAUUCUCUUAACUCUGACAGUAAAAGCAGCUCACUUAAUUCCAAAAUGGGCCAAGAAUCGGAGAAUUGGGAUAAAGCAUCUAAUUCAAAAAGCUUUUCUACGAGCUCUACAUCUACAGAUAAUAAUAUAAUUUCUGCUUUAGAGGCAAAUAAAAUUGAUGGAAAAGCUAGUCCGAAUUUAUCCACUGGAGAUUCGGGUCCAUCUUUACUGAACGGUGAAAGGAAACAAGGUGUAUCUAGAGAUGUUACAUAUUUAUGUCCUUAUUCAGGGCCAGCAAGAGGAGUUUUGAGUGUAACCAAUUACAAGCUUCAUUUUCGUAGUAUAGACAGAGAAACGCCUUCCAUUGUUGAAGUACCACUGGGAGUUGUGAGUAGAAUUGAAAAAGUCGGUGGAGCGACUAGUAGAGGAGAAAAUUCGUAUGGUAUUGAAGUAUUUUGUAAAGAUAUGAGGAAUCUCCGUUUUGCACAUAAACAAGAAAAUCAUUCUCGCCGUGAUGUAUUUGAAAAACUACAACAGUAUUCAUUUCCCUUGUCCCAUAAGCUUCCUCUUUUUGCAUUUGAAUACUCAGAAACUUUUCCUGAGAAUGGAUGGAAUGUUUAUGAACCCAUUGCUGAGCUCAAAAGAAUGGGAGUUAACAAUGAUAUGUGGAAAAUAACGAAAAUAAAUGAUACCUAUAGCAUUUGUGAUAGCUAUCCAGCAAUUUGGGCAGUACCAGCAGCAGCGACUGAUGAAGAUCUUCAAGCGUCUGCACAGUUUCGAAGUCGUGGUAGGCUUCCAGUAUUGUCUUGGAUUCAUCCAGAAAGCCAAGCAACGAUAACUCGUUGUGCUCAACCUCUCGUUGGCGUUGGAGGCAAGAGAAGUCGUGAAGAUGAAAGAUAUGUCCAACUUAUAAUGGACGCUAAUGCUCAAAGUCAUAAGCUUUUUAUCAUGGAUGCUCGACCAAUGGCUAAUGCCAUUGCUAAUAAAGCGAAAGGUGGCGGAUAUGAGAGUGAAGAUGCUUACCAAAAUGCUGAAUUAGUAUUUUUAGAUAUUCACAAUAUUCAUGUGAUGCGUGAGAGUUUGAGAAAGUUAAAAGAACUUUGUUUUCCAACAAUUGAUGAUGCUAGAUGGUUAUCUGGUAUUGAAUCAUCUAUGUGGCUCAAACAUCUUAAAUAUAUUCUUGCUGGAGCUGUUAAAAUAGUAGACAAAGUAGAAAAUCAUAAAACUUCUGUACUAGUUCAUUGCUCUGACGGAUGGGAUCGAACAGUUCAACUAACAGCUCUAGCAAUGUUAUUGCUAGAUCCAUACUAUCGAACAAUCAAAGGUUUUGAAGUUCUUAUUGAAAAAGAAUGGUUGAGUUUUGGUCAUAAGUUUCAACAAAGGAUUGGCCACGGUGAUGAACAUCACAGUGACGCUGAUAGAUCACCGGUAUUUUUACAAUUUAUUGACUGUGUAUGGCAAAUUACUCAACAAUUCCCUAAUGCUUUUCAAUUUAAUGACCACUUUUUAAUUACAAUUUUGGAUCAUUUGUACUCAUGUAGAUUUGGUACAUUUUUAUUUAGCAGUGAAAGAGAAAGAGUUCAAGAGCAAGUUAAACAAAGAACUGUUUCAUUAUGGUCUUAUAUAAAUAGUCAGUUAUCCUUAUAUCAAAAUCCCUUAUAUUGGGCACCUCAUUAUCAACUUGUACUCAUCCCCAUUGCUAGUAUGAGGUACAUAAAACCAUGGAAAGGACUUUAUUGCCGAUGGAAUCCUAGUAUGAGACAACAGGAUCCUGUUACUCAACGUGCAAGAGAACUUCUAGUCCAAAAAGAACAAUUAGAAAAGCAAGUAGAGGAAUGUCGACGAGAGCAAUCAUCUCGUGCGAAUCGGUCAAUGGCAAAUUCCGCAUCACCAAGAAUACAUUCGCCAGUUCACUCAUAAUUAUGAAAAUUUAGAAAUGACUGAAUUUUAAGUAUGAUUACCUGUGUACAAAGCUUCUGUUAAUAAAUUUAAUAUUGUAAACAAUUCAAUUAUGGUAUUCAUCGAU